AUGGCUGGUGGUGAAGCAUCUUCUCACAAUCUUCACUCCUCUACGCCUAUUGUGGGUGAGGGUGUUCAUGGGAGGAGGGUAGACUUAGAAGGUGAUAGUUCUAGUGAAAGUGAUCCCAACAAUGAAUAUCAAGGUGAUCCUGAGUAUGAACAAAGUGAUGAUGAAUUGGUUGUUGAAGACAAUGCAGAAAUACAUCUAAAAGGACUAGGGAAAAUGGUAGUAGAGAUUGAUGUAGAAGAUGUGCCAUUGGAUAGCUCUGACAAAGAGUAUACACGAGAGGAUAGUUCUGAUGAUGGGGAUGUUUCAAAUGAAGAUGAACUCAGCAAGUUACACAAACCUAAAAGGCAAUCAAAAAAAAGAAAGCUACCUGAUUUGCUUGAGUUUGAUGUUGAUGCUGAAAUGGAGAGAUCGCUACUAAAGCUUGGCUUAGUAUUUUCUUCUGGAAAACUAUUCAAACAAGCAGUCAGGGAAUAUGCUAUACAGAAUGGAAGAGACAUAUGGUUCAAAAAGAAUGAUUCUCAUAGGAUUGAUGAUAGUUCAACAUUUGUCAUCAAAACUUAUGUUGGUGAGCAUAGAUGCUCUAGGAAGCCCCAUAAUAGAUUUGCUACUUCAAAAUGGUUAAGUAAGAAGUACUUGAAUGAAUUCAAGAGCAAUGAUAAAUGGAGCACUUAUGAAGAGCAGUAUGCUGCUCUAUGGGACUAUGCUGAGGAGAUUAAGUACACAAAUAAGGGUUCCACAGUUGAGUUUUUAACUGAAUCAGGAGACAAUGGGAGGCCACGUUUUAAGCGAAUGUACAUUUGCUUUUCUGGUUUAAAAGAAGGAUUCAGUGCUGGAUGUAGGCCAGUAAUUGGGUUAGAUGGCUGUCAUAUUAAAGGACCGCAUCCUGGACAACUAUUGACUGCUAUUGGGAUCGAUGCAAACAAUGGCAUGUAUCCUGUUGCAUAUGCUGUGGUAGAGAUUGAAAGUAAAGAUUCUUGGAGUUGGUUUUUAAAUUGUUUGAGAAAUGACUUAAAAAUUGAGAACUCCAACCAUUGGACAUUCAUCACGGACAAGCAAAAAGGCUUGAAACAAUCAUUAAAAGAUCUAUGGGAGGAAGGUGUACCUGAGGUAGAGCAUAGGCAUUGUGCAAGGCAUUUGGAGAAGAAUUUUAUCAAAGUUUACAAAGAUAAAAAGCUCAAGGAGCUCUUAUGGAAGGCUGCAAGAGAGGUUAGUGUUCGUAGGUUUGAAGGUGUGAUGGAAGAGAUUAAGAAAAUUGACGAGUCUGCUUUUGAUUGGUUAAUGGAAGCAGGGCCCCAACAUUGGAGCAGAUCACACUUUAGGACUCAUCCAAAGUGUGACAUUUUGUUGAAUAACUUGUGUGAGACAUUUAAUGGGACAAGGGCAAUAUUGGCUGCAAGAGAUAGACCAAUAUUAUCCAUGCUAGAAAGAAUUAGAAUGUAUUUAUUACAGAGGCUUACCAAGAAUAGGCAUGCAGUAUUGAUGUGGAACUCUAGCAUUGCUCCAAGGAUACAAGACAUUAUUGAGAAGAACAAGGAUAUAGCUGGAAGCCAUCUCCCUAUCAAGUCUUCGAAUUUCAUCUACCAAAUUACCACUAUGUAUGGUAGCUUGUACUAUGUUGACUUGAAGCAAAUGAAAUGUAGUUGUAGAAAAUGGGAACUCACUAGCAUUCCAUGUAGUCAUGCAGUGGCUGCAAUCUGGCAAAGAAGGGAAGAUCCAGAAACUUAUGUAAGUAAAUGGUACAUGAAGGAGUAUUAUUUGAAAGCCUAUUCACAACAGAUAUUCCCAAUUAGGAAUCAAGAUGAGUGGCCAAUAACUGGUAACGUUGGAUUGAUCAAGCCUAUAUCCAAGAUUCAACUGGGUAGACCAAAGAGAAGUAGAAAAUUAGAGCUUGAUGAAAUGUUUCCUCGAACAGGAAGUAAAAUGAAGAGGAGGUACAUCACAAUCAAAUGUUCAGGAUGUGGUGUAACAGGUCAUAAUUUUAGAAUGUGUGCUAGAAAUAAAGAGAAAAAUUCAGACAUCAAUCCUGAUGUUGCUCAGCAUACGUCUACUGAUUCAACCAUACCAUUUACAAACACCAACCAGAUUUAG